AUGAGCGACACCAACAAGGACCUCGAAGAUCUCGCGAAAUCAACCACCGAGGAUUUCUACGAGUUGCUUGGUGUAGCCUUCGAUGCGCCGGAAGCUGCAAUCAAGAAGGCUUACCGUAAAGCCUCGAUUCGUUACCAUCCCGAUAAAAAUCCCGACAACAAAGAUGCUGCGGAUCGCUUUAUUUACUUAGGAUGGGCUCGAGAUAUCCUCAUAGACGAGAAGCUAAAGGGCGAAUAUGACCGCGCGCGUACCAGGCGGCGGGAGAAAGCGCUCCAGGAUGAACUUCUGGACGGUCGGCGGCGCAAAAUGAAGGAUGACCUGGAAAGGAGGGAGCGAGAGGGCAAGGACUUCAUGAACAACCUAAAGAGGAAGAGGGCGGAAGAUAUGAACGAGGCGGAAAGGAGAGAACAGGAGAUACAAAGACUAGCCGAAGAUGGCAAGAGGCGCAGAAAGGAAGCACAAGAGCGCAUGGAGAAGAAGCGCAAAGAAGAGGACGAGGCGAGCUUCGUGGACGUAAGCCCUGAGCCGCAGGCACCCAAGCCUGGAGACUCCGCCGAGAUCGAUCGCACAGUCAAGGUCCGGUUCCAACGAGAAGGCGACGCUACAAACUGGGACAAAGACAAGCUAUCGAGCAUGUUUGCGAAAUACGGCAAGAUCGACAGCGUCGUCAUGGGCAAGGACAAGAAGAUCCGACCAUCGGGAGAGAAGCACCGCAAGGUCAUCGCCAUUGUCUUUAUCAUCUACACACGUCUUGAUCACGCGCACGCCGCCGUUCUGGACGGAAAGUCCGACUACCCGUCGCUCGAAUCCGUGGCUUGGGCGAACGGCGAGCCCGACCUCAAAUCACCAACCAACGACGCGCCCUCAGCGCCGUCAACACCUAUAUCUACGCCGAAGAACCAGUCCUUCAGGUCAUCGUUUGGCCCAGGCAUAGGGAAGGGCGUUGGAAGUACCACGCCACUAGGAACACCAAAGUUCUCUUUCAGCCCGAAGACACAUAGCUUAGAGGAGGUGACUAUGAUGAGACUGAAGCAAGCAGAAAAGAAGCGGUUGGAGGAUCAGAUACGCAAGCAGGAGGCUGCCGAGGAGGCUGCGGUAUGA